ACCAGCACUUAGCCCCUCCCUCUCCAGGAAGCGAUUGGCGUUUUGAUAGGGAUCUUACUUUCUAGUAAAGUUAUUCGUAGUCUGUAGUCUUCGUUGCUUGAUAGUUUCUCACUAAACACAACAGGAGAAAAUGUCUUUCAUCUUUAACCUCAUCUCUAGCAGCUUUCAGUUCGUGUUUGAUUUUAUCCGGAGGUUCUUUGGCAUAAAAAGAAGACCUGCCAUUACCCUUGAAGACCCUGAUGUGAAGUAUCCAUUACGUCUUGUGGACAAAGAGAUUAUUAGUCAUGACACAAGAAGGUUUCGCUUUGCUUUAAAAUCACCGGAGCAUGUUCUUGGACUUCCUAUUGGACAGCACAUUUACUUGUCUGCCAGAAUUGAUGGCAACCUCGUGGUGAGGCCUUACACCCCUGUGUCUAGUGAUGACGACAAGGGCUUUGUUGAUCUGGUUGUGAAGAUAUACUACAAAAAUGUCCAUCCUAAGUUUCCUGAGGGUGGGAAGAUGUCCCAAUACUUGGAGAGCCUUCGUAUUGGUGACACAAUUGAUUUCAGGGGACCAAGUGGACUGUUGGUUUACAAAGGCAAAGGAUCAUUUGCAAUCAAGCCUGAUAAGAAAUCUAACCCUGAAAUGAAAACUGCAAAACAAGUUGGCAUGAUCGCUGGAGGAACAGGCAUUACACCUAUGCUCCAGAUAAUCCAAGCAAUCAUGAAAGAUCCAAAGGAUGAGACCAUGUGUUACUUACUUUUUGCAAACCAGACCGAAAAAGACAUCCUCCUUCGUCCUGAGUUAGAAGAGAUCGUGGUCAAUCACCCGAAUCGUUUUAAGCUGUGGUUCACUGUUGACAGGGCUCCAGAUGGUUGGGAGUACAGCCAAGGCUUCAUCAAUGAGGAGAUGGUGAAGAACCACCUUCCUCCACCCGCAGAUGACACACUCAUCCUCAUGUGUGGACCUCCUCCCAUGAUUCAGUUCGCCUGCAACCCCAGCCUGGACAAGGUGGGCCAUUCCAGUGACAGGCGCUUCACCUUCUAGAAGGAUGUCACCUGAAACCAAGCAGUUAAAAAGUCAAAAUUAUAACCAUGCUACCACCUGCAAGAUGCUCUCAUAUAUUCCACAUGCACACUAAAUGAAAAGGAUCUAUAAUAAUACAAAAAAACCUUUAUAUCAAAAUGUACCAGAUGUUUUCCUGAGAAAGUUCUGCAUGCAAGAUGUACCUGCCAAUUAAGUCAUUUAUUGGAAAUCUUAUGUUUUUUGUGUGUUUUAUGCCUUAAAUGCAAAAAAAGAGUGUUGCUUUUAUUUAGCGGAUGCCAGCUGAUAUUGGAAUGAAGUCAUUUAGCGUGUCAAGAGUUUUUGUUUGAUUUUUGCUUAAUUUAUGCAUCUUUCAAAAUGCAAAAGAUAUUUGUGAUGGAUAAUACUUUACAAUAAUAGUGUCCAUGUAACAAAUAAUGUUUACAUUGGCAGAAACAAGUUGUUAAACUAAGUAAGUACAAGGUUCAUGUACAUUGGUUGUACGCUGUAUGUAUUAAUGUAUUGAUGGAUGCUC